AUGGCGGUGACCCAAACACACCAUAUAAGAUCACUCUCGGGAACACCACUUCUAGUAGAAACAAACUUCAGCACCACAGAUUUUGCAACAACAGUACAUGCAUCAUCUGUGUGGAAGUCUUCGUCACCGUCGCUAAAAUGCAAAGUGACAUGCCAAACCAGUGACUUAAGUGACACAUUGUCACCACCAAUCAGCCCAUGUCAAUCACCAAUCCGGGCUGAUUUGACAUCGGCAUGCCAGGCUUUUACGACGGCAUCAAUUCCAGAUUCAACAAUGCAUAAAGAGAACAUAAUAGAGGGAGGAAGUGCACAUAAUAAGAAGGAAAAGGGUGUGCCAGUUUAUGUGAUGAUGCCAUUGGAUAGUGUUAAGAUGGAUAACACAGUAAAUCGUAAGAAAGCGAUGAAUGCAAGUUUUCAAGCACUGAAGAGCGCAGGAGUAGAAGGAAUAAUGAUGGAUGUGUGGUGGGGUUUGGUAGAGAGAGAACAUCCAGGGGAGUAUAAUUGGGGUGGUUAUAUGGAUUUGUUAGACAUGGCGAAAAAUCAUGGGUUGAAGGUUCAGGUUGUUAUGUCAUUUCAUCAAUGUGGUGGUAAUGUUGGUGACUCCAUCACAAUUCCUUUACCAAAAUGGGUUGUUGAAGAAAUUCACAAGGAUCUAGAUCUUGCAUAUACUGAUCAAUGGGGUAGGAGAAAUUUUGAAUACAUAUCACUUGGUUGUGAUACCCUCCCAGUACUAAAGGGGCGAACACCUUUGCAAUGUUAUGCUGACUUUAUGCGUGCUUUUAAAAUUCAGUUUCAACACCUCCUUGGAAACACCAUUGUGGAGAUACAAGUAGGGAUGGGUCCAGCCGGUGAGCUACGAUACCCUUCAUACCCAGAGCAAGAUGGAACCUGGAAGUUUCCGGGAAUCGGAGCCUUCCAAUGUUUUGACAAGUACAUGAGUAGUAAAUUAAGAGAUGCUGCAGAAGUUGCUGGUAAACCAGAAUGGGGUCACUCCGGUCCAACAGAUGCCGGUCAUUAUAACAAUUGGCCAGAAGAAACACAAUUUUUUCGCAGGGAAAGUGGUGGGUGGAGUAGCCCCUAUGGAGAAUUUUUCCUCACUUGGUAUUCAAAAAUGCUCAUAGAUCAUGGAGGGAAUAUCCUUUCCUUGGCCACUGAAAUCUUUACACAUACAAGUGUUAAAAUCUCCAUUAAAAUUGCUGGCAUUCACUGGCACUAUGGGACACGCUCCCAUGCUCCUGAGCUAACUGCUGGGUAUUACAACACAAGAUUCCAUGAUGGGUACCUUCCAAUUGCCCAAAUGCUUGCACACCAUGGCGCCGUAUUUAACUUCACGUGCAUUGAGAUGCGUGAUCAUGAGCAGCCACAAGAUGCUUUAUGUGCUCCAGAGAAACUAGUGAAGCAAGUUGUUUCAGCUACUCAACUAGCUCAGGUUCGAUUGGCUGGAGAGAAUGCAUUACCACGAUAUGAUGAGCAAGCACAUGAGCAAAUUUUAAAGGCUUCUACAUUAGAAGUAGAUGAGAAUUCAGGUGAAAGAGGAAUGUGUGCGUUCACAUAUUUAAGAAUGAAUCCAGAUUUAUUUCAAGAUGAUAACUGGAGGAAGUUUAUGGCGUUUGUAAAGAAGAUGAAAGAAGGAAAGGAUGGACACCGAUGCUUAGAGCAAGUAGAGAGAGACAAUGAACAUUUUGUCCAUGGCAAACAAUUGCUUGUUCAAGAGGCUAUUCCAGCUCUUGUGCACUAGGAGAAAAAUAUGUUUAGAGGGUAUAAGAAUAAUUUCACAAUAUAUCUUUAACACUAAAAAUUUAUAAUGGUAGUCAUAAUAAAAAUAUUCACUACAAGAAAAAUGUCUUUUCGUUGCGAUUAUUUUAACAUUUCGUAUCAAUUGUAAUGACUACAAAAAAAAUCCCAACGAAUGGUUAUUCGAUACAAUAUCCGUCGUUACCAUAGCCUUUAGUAGUGUUUUCCCUUUCGCUGGGGUUGUCCUCAUUAACCGAUACUGAAAACUACAUUUAAUCAUGGUGAUUAUUGUAGCGAUUAUAAUCCCUACAUAUAUUGAACUCAUUAUAAUCCCUACAUAUGCUCUAUACAAGAUUCGAACAUGCAACCUCAAGCUAUAAUAUUUAAAUUUUUUUCCAAUAAGUUAUGACAUAUUUUAUGUUCUCUUUGUCAAACAAAAUUGUAAAAUCUAAGUGUAAAAAAGGCUUUUCGUAUCGAUUUUUGGGUUUUAGUGGCGAUUGUAAACAAUACGCUUUUCCAUAAUUUUAUAAAUGUGCAGAAUAAAGGUGAA